AUCACUAGUACCUGACACAAGACGCUCACAGGAAGGUCAAAGACACACGAAGAGAAUCUUUAUAAGGGGAAGUUUGCAGUCUGCCACAGACUGAAAGCUGGACACGUCUGUCAACUUUUGCCGAGUGUACAUCUUCAAGGUGUUCAUCCUGACCGGGUGGAGUUUUUCCAGGGAAAGUGAAAGUUAGUGGAAGAAGGACGCGAUCACAGAGAUGAAGAAGGUCUCCGUCAAGAAACGAGAAAGUUCAGGGGGUAAAGAAGAGUAUGAAGAAAUAAUGGAACUCGACAAUAAAGUGGAAGAAGACCAAGCAGGCUACAGUUCACUGCAGAAGCCACCUGAGGACAUCUAUGCCGAGGCUACUUUUGCCACCAAGACAGCAGACAAACAGGCUCAAGGCGGCAUGCAGCGUUUCCGUGUUGGAUGCUUGAUCCUGUCUCUGGUCUGCUUGGUGCUGCUGCUGGUCGUCAUCGUCCUCUGUGUCAAAGCCGGAUCCACCGACCGCAGGGCGGACUCAUACGUCGUGAAUCAGUGCGGUACUUGUAAGGGUCUACAGAGGGCGCCUGAAUCUCCCAACGGGUGUCCCACCGGGUGGCUGAGGCUGGACCAGUCCUGUUUCUACCUCUCCACUCUCCGGCUGAACUGGGAAGACAGCCGGAGGAACUGCUCAGUAGGAGGAGGCUCCUUGGCAGUGGUCAGCAGCCGGGACGUUCAGAACUUUCUGACUCAAAAGGGGAACGGCCUGUGGUACUGGAUCGGCCUGCGACUCACUGGGGGAACGUGGACAUGGGUCAACAACAAUGUUCUGGAACAAAGUUACUGGGGAAAGAAAGACAGCAAAGGGGAAUGUGGGCUGCUUAUCAGUAAAGAGCAGACGGAGAACAACUGGAUGGGAUAUAAAUGCGAGAGUCACUCCUACUUUGUUUGUCAGCAGCCUCUUGAACAGCACCCGCAGCCUUUUCAAGAGUACCUGAGGGUACCAGCUGAAUAAUGUGCGCUACUGAAAUGUGUGUGCGUUGUGCUUUAGAAUGUGAGAGCUGGAAGACUUAUCGGCCAUAAUAAUAGGCACCCCAACACAUUUACUCAUCGUUACAUACAGUACAGUCGAUUAUUUUACUUGCAUAACAAACUGAUGCUUGUCAAGCUGCAAACUACUUAAACAAUGAAUGGUUGGUAUCUUUUUGAUACAUUUUAAUGCCACUCUGCUCUUAUUGAAUGCUUAUACAGUACAUGCCAAAAAAUAUUGGACACACUU